AUGCCGCCGCCGUUGGGCGCUACGGUGGCGGGGGUGGGCGCGCCCGGCGUGCCUGUGGCCGUGCCUAUGCAGGCGCCUGAGACGAGGCCGUGGGCGCGGUCGACGUCGAUGUCGUCCGUCCCGUGGCCGAGGCUCGUGGUCGGAUUGCUGCUCCUCGUUCUGCUCGGCUACGCGUUCUUCAAGUGGGGCCUCCCGUUUCUCUCCGAGAAGGUGAUCAUGCCAAUUAUUCAAUGGGAAGCAAAAUCUUUUGGCCGCCCCGUGUUAGCGGUCGUGAUAAUUGCUUCUCUAGCGCUCUUCCCGGUGGUGUUGCUGCCUUCAGGCCCACCAAUGUGGUUAACAGGAAUAGUUUUCGGCUACGGUUUUGGCUUCUUGAUCAUCAUGGCUGGGGUCACCAUCGGCAUGUCUUUACCUUAUUGGAUCGGCCUACUGUUUCGUGACCACCUAAAUCUCUGGUUGGAAAAGAAAUGGCCACGGCAGAUUGCUUUGAUUAAACUGGCAGGUCAAGGGAGUUGGUUCCAGCAAUUCCGAGUGGCUGCAUUGCUAAGAAUCUCACCAUUCCCAUAUGCAUUGUUCAACUAUGCUGUAACUGUGACGGAGAUGAAGUUCAUCCCUUACAUAUGUGGUUCGGUUGUUGGAAUGGUGCCUGAUGUGUUCAUCAACAUCUACAGUGGGCGGCUGAUACGUACAUUGGCAGAGCUGAAUUAUCGGAAGCACCGAAUGACAACGGUUGAGAUAGUGUACAACGUUGUAUCUGUAAUUGUUGCUGUCGUCUUUGCGAUUGGAUUUACAGUAUAUGCGAGACGGGCCCUGGAUGACAUGGAACGUUCCGAAGUCAACUGCGCUGAACCUGCCAGUGUCCCUGCCGGAUCGCCUGAGUUCAGAGAUCACCUCCAGGGAUGUUCAACUGCACGUUCUGUACCAAUCGAUGUUGUAUAA